CAACAGUGCGAAAGAUGUCUGCAGAAGGUUAAUUCGACAGUCACAACAUUUUGCCGAGGAGCAUUUCCACCCACCGCGUCUAAUUUGCCGUCAAGAUGCUGAAUUUCUGUCCUCAGUGUGGGUCAAAGUUACAGCCUGGGUUCAAAUUCUGUCCUUCAUGUGGUGGGAGACUCCCAGAAGACGCAACAGAAGCUGUAACUUCACAGCCAUCCGAACCAUAUCCUGACUCUGUGCUUUCGUCUUUGAGCGCCAUGGAAGUAGUAGAUUCUGCUGGAGACUCAUCACAAUCUGCACUGAUUCGCCCAGCUUUGCGUUCGACACGGCGAAAGACCUCGAGUAGCACAGCCAUGGACUGUGUAGAUCUGAAGUCUUUGACAUCUUCUCGAAAGCGAAAGACAUCCCCCCUGGUUAAAGAGGAGAAAGAAGUGACAAAGAAAACAUUGUCCAUAGUAACUCAAACCCCAGGUAAGAAGCCUUUGACAUCUCCUGGGAAAGGAAAGGCAUCCCCCCAGGUUAAAGAACAAGAGGAGGCGAAGCAAACUUGUUCGGUUACACUACAAACUCCAGAUAAGAUGCAUUCGAUGUCACCUCGAAAAUGUAAGGCUUCCCCCCAGGUUAAAGACGAGGCGGCAAAGCAAACGUCUUCAGUUAUUCAAAGCCAAUCUAAAUGCAAAGGCAAGAAGCGCGUGUGCACUGUGGAGCCGGUCCAGGAGGGUCUGGUGGUGUGUGACCAGUCAAGCAAAAAGUGGAAGCUGGUUGAACUUCUGUGGCAAACAGAAUUAGAUCUGACAUAUGCAGUGUGCCAGGCAAAUCAGCACGCAGACUCAAAUGAAUGCAAGUACAUGUUGAGACUGGGUGCUAAAGAAGGACACCUGUUCAAUGAGCAGAACUUCCAUCUGAGAGCAGCCAAACCUGACGCAGUGGAAAAAUGGAUGAAAUUGCACAAAUUGGACUUCCUUGGGAUUCCAUCAUGUGUAGGAUUUGGUCUCCAUGAAGCAUCUAGGUUUUUAGUUUUUCCCAGCAUGGGCGAACCACUGCAGACAGCCAUAGAGGAAGGCACCGGCUCUCUCUCUGAGAAAGUUGUUCUUCAGCUUGCACUACGACUAUUGGAUUCACUUGAAUUUGUCCAUGAGAAGGAAUAUGCCCAUGCAGACAUCCAUGCAGGAAAUAUUUACAUCAACACUGACAGUGACACAGAGGUUUUCUUGUCUGGCUUUGGUUAUGCGUUUAGGUUUUGCCCUGGUGGAAAGCACGUGGAGUACCGACAGGGUAGCCGCACUGCUCACCAGGGUAACAUCAACUUCAUCAGCGUGGAUUCUCACAAGGGGGCUGGUCCCUCUUGUCGCAGUGACCUGCAGUCUCUGGGUUACUGUAUGCUGUGUUGGCUGACAGGCUCACUACCCUGGAGUCACCUCUCUCACACAAGCUCCGUUGCUGCAGAGAAAGAGAGGUAUAUUUCGGAUAUCCCUGGACUUCUGAGUUGCUGCUACAAACAGAAGAAAGCUUCAAGUGCAUUACAAGAAUACCUGUCUACUGUAAUGACCCUGCAGUAUACAGAGAAACCAGAUUAUACACUUCUGAAAGCUGGACUUAGUGAGAGCUUACAGAAAAUGGGUGGGAGUCUGAAGGAAUCACUGAAUCUGUAGGUGAAACCAUAAUGAGAAGAGUUAAUAGGUGUGGAAUGUGGCUUUAAUUAUUUUAUGGAAUGUUUAAGAAAGCUUUUAUGUUUUUAAAAGCAACUUUUAUUGUGGUUUUACAAACGUAUUACAGUGCAAACUUUGCAUGCUUGUUUGCUGUCAUAGAUUGAGUUUUAAUCACUGAUUUAUUUCAUCAUUGUCUUUUUAACAUUUUGAAAUAAGAAAUAAGCAAUGUUUA